AUGGCAUCCCUCUUAAAGUCCGUGAGCGGCUUCCUGGACACGGUCAUCCGCCGCGGCGCGCCCGCCGCCCAGCAGGCCGCGCCGGCGGCGGCCCGCGCGGCGGCGCCGGCGGCCCGACCAGAAAUCCCUGGACUGCCGCCACGCCCACAAAAGAUCCGCGCGCCGACGGCGGAUGGACGAGCACCAUCAUCACCAGAUGACAUCGAUCCCGCAUUACUGAAGGAGCUCUACAAGGUCGGCCCCGCGCUCAAGAAACAAGAAGUAGCAAAGCCGACGGCGCCGGCCACGGGCGAGGACGCGCGGCGGCGCCGGCGCUUCAACGAGUUGAGGAGAGACGAGGAGGCGCCGGCUGGAAGAAUAGCGGAGGCCGACGUCGCGAAUUUCUUGGAUUGGCGCGCGGCCGGCAUGGCCCAGGCGACGCCCGACGUCGCGGGCCUCGCGCGCGCGCUCGCCUGCGACGAUGGGACGGCGGCGGCGCUGCUGCGGACCUACGGUGUGCCCCAGAUUCGACAAGCGGGCGACCUCAAGGUCGGGCUCUGGGCGCCCGGCGACGCCCUCGACCUGGACGACGAGGAGGUGUCCUCGGCUUCAGUUGAUGACGAGCCGCUCCCGGGGCGGCGGCGACGUAAGAAAUGA